AUGGACCAUGAGGCGAGCCGGUCCAGGAGCCGCCUUGACGAAGACUCCCGCCCAACCACAGCCCGCCGUAUCGACCACGACGACGACGACAGCUUGACCGUCGACGACUUCACACCAAGCCAAGGGCAAGGGUCAGAACAUUCAGAUCAACGACAGAAUAACAGUACCACACCCACGCCGGACGAAUCGCAACUCACGCCCACCAAGACUCGUUUCGACAACUAUGAGACCCUUCCCGACCGCAGAUCCUCGCCCAACCCCAUAAUCGAAACGAACUCGCGACCUCAACACGACUCCAUGCUUCCUCCCCCGCGUCCCCAAACCAACGCCGCCCUCGACAGUAGCUUCGUCCAAGGCCCUUCCUACGACGACUCGCGCCAUGGCGACUCCAUUGCCGAAUCCGCUGUUCGAGCUCACCUGCAGGAUGUCGAGUCGAGCUUCGUCUCCCGCCUUUCUCCCAUACCAACCAUAACUCACGAAGGCGCCGACGAUACCUACCUGUUCGACGGUGCGGCCUCUGCGAAGUCUACCACUCGGACGCAGCCCCCCGCGAGUCCCAGUCCCGGCCCCCCUGGCGAUAACUCAACAGUCGAUGGAUUCUCCGAGCUGAAGCCGCAAGACUCCGCGUCUGUGAAUCUCUCCAAUACCACAUCAUCUCUCGAGCAAAUGUCCUCUUCCCCCGCCGCCGCCGCCGCCGCAAGAACUAUUUCUCGGACUCUCUCCAGCGCGAGCAACCGCACAGACAAGCACUCGCAAGAGCCGCUCGCCGACGAGACGGACGAGGAACCGACACACUCCCGCGCAGAGUCUGCCGCUGAGUCAGUUUCCACAACCCUCCGCAGCAAGAGGUCCGAUGGGAGCCUACACGGCGGUCCGGUGGACGCAGGCAACACUCCAGGACUCGCCUUGCGCUACGGCAGCCGGCCUAAGUAUCUGCGCAGCCGUGCCACGAGCCAGAGGUCUUCUGUGUCCUCCUUCGUCACGAACCCCGACUCCCACGACGAUCUCGAAAGUGACGGCACCGCCAAUCUUGGCGCCGACUUCGCCCUUCAGUCUGGCGGUGCUGCCACGACCACGAGCUUGCCCCGCAGCCUCAGCAGCAUCUUGUCGCGGUCGGUGAGCAUCGGCAGCAUGGCUUCAGGCCUGGACGAUCCCGAGUCGCUGCCAAGCCAGCUGGAGACGCUUGAAGAGGUCGAGACCGGCUUCACCCCACGCCGCACCAACAGAAACGAAGACCUCCUGGCGACCCCGAAGCCGUCCAAGGAAAACCUCACCGCCCCCACCGAUACCGUCAUCGCCCGCCAUGUCAGGAACGUGCAGGUACCCGAGUCGCUGGCCAAGGAAUACAGGUCUAAGAGCGGCUUUGUCACGCCUCGGAAACCCUCAGAAGCACCGCUUGGCGCAUCUACACGGUCUGGUAAGAACUUGACCCUGAAGGAGCAAAGCAGCACAAUCGAGCGUCUCUCCAAAGAAAAUUUUGAUUUGAAGCUCAAGGUCAUGUUUCUGAGCGAUCGCCUUGACAAGCUGUCUGAAGAGGGUGUCAAGGAGAUGAUCUCGGAGAACGUGGAGCUCAAGACAAGCUUGGCCGUCAUCCAGCGCGACAACAAGGCCCUGCGGAAGAGGGUCAAGGAGUUGGAAAAGCAACUGAAGGACGACCAAGAACGACCCGGAACUGCGAAAAGUGGAACCUCUUCCAACGAUUCCUUCGAUCAGGACGCCCAGGACCGCGAGGAGGAGAUCAUUUACCUUAGAGAGCGCAUGGAGGCGUACGAGAACGAGUUCGAGAGGCUGCGCAAUGACAGCAUGUCUAAGGAGGCUGAGAAGCGCAAGCUGGCCGAGGUCGUCAAAUCACUCGGCGAGAGGACGGGCGGAAACCUCGGUAGCCAGGAGGAGGCCGACGUCUGGAAGGAUCUCCUCGAACAGGAGACGGCCCGUCGAGAGCAGUCCGACGAGGACAACCGCAAGCUCCGCGAUGAGAUUUUUCGCAUGAAGCAAGAGAUGAGCAGUGGUCACGGCGGAAUGCAUCACACAACCAACAUUUACAACAUUACGAAGAAGCAGCGCCAGACCUCGCCCAGUCGCCCGGUUUCGGGGCUUUCCGGUGAUAUCGAAACAAACGGUGGAUUCAGUGCCGCAAGCACCCUUGUUGAGGAGCUGCGAAGAGAAAGUGAGCAGCUACGACACGAGAACGCCGAGUUACGACGCGAAGUCGGAGCGCAAACGUCGAUGCUCACGUCGAGGAACCGAGAAAAGGAGCGUCUGUACCAGGAGAUCGAGGAUCUCAAGAUGGCGCAGCGACGUGGAGGACCGGCGCCGUCGACUGUCGACUCUCUCUUGGAGCGGUCGGCAUCCCGAGCCGGAGCUCACCGUCGGUCCAUGUCCCGCGUGAGCGCCAGCAGGACCCAGAUGACUGAGAUCGACGAGCUGGAACGCGAGGAGCUCGAGACAAAGCUUGCCGAGACGCGAGACAGGAUCAACGAAGUCAAACUGCAAAACCAGGAACUGCAGCGCGAACUCGAGGGGUGCAUGGCCGACUUUGAGACUGCGAUCGACGGGAAGCGAGAAGCCGAAGAGCUUGCUGGUGCCCUCCAAGAAGACCUCGACAAUGCUAUGAAUGAUCUUGUAGCGCUACAGGCCGAGCGGGACGAGGCACUCAGGGAGCAGGCCGACAUGGAAACCGAGUUCGACUCACUGCGGAAAGAGGCCCAGGAGGAGAUUGACGCGCUCGAGGGCGAGGCCGAUCAACACGCGGCCGAAAUAGACAGGCUCAAGCUUGAGCUGAACGACAGGACCGAGAAUUUCGAUGCGUUGCAGGAGGAGAUGCGAAAGAUGAGCGAAGCACUGGUGCGACUGGAGGACGACCAAGCGGCCAAGAUUCGCAGAAUACAGCAGCUGGAGCAAGAACUCUCGGACGCUAACAAGGAAUCGGAGGAACUUGAGGCCAAGCUGCUUGAGUCGAACGAUAAAGCGCAGCGGCUCAGCGUGCAGCAAGAAUCCAGUCAAGGCGAGAUCGCGUUCCUCCGUGAAGAGCAGGAGGGCGACAAGAUCCGCAUCGGAGAUCUUGAGGCGGCGAUCGCCAACACCGAGCAGAGCCUUCGUGAUGAGCGCGAACGUAUCAAAGAACUCGAGCAGCGACUUGCAACGGAGCGUCGCCAGCGCGAGAUCGUGGCCAACAAAGAGAAGGAGGAGGUGCAACAGUUCGUCAACGACCUUAACCGGGAGAUGUCGGCCGCCAAAGACGAGGCACGGAGGCUGCGUAAGAGUCUUACCUCCCGCGAAGUCGAGGCCACUGAGUGGAAGGAACGGCUCAUGGAGCUCGAGAACAAUCUCAGGGAGGCGCUGGGCGAUCUUAAUGGGACACGCUCCAGUCUCCUCAAGUCGAUUGCCAAGCUUCAACGAGAGCUCGAGAACACCGUCCGCGAACUGGACACGACAAAAGCCUCCUUGGUCGAGAAGGACCGCAUUAUCAAGCAACGAGACGCCCUGCUCGAGUCACAUGGCUUGGAGUCGCGCAAGCUCGCAGUUGAGCUUGAGAAGGAGAUCCAGGCACACCGCACCACGAAGAACUCGUUUGAGACAUUCCAAAAGACGCAUCAGCACGUUACAAGGACCGUCAGCACGCAGGACCUGCGUAUUUCCGAGCUCGAGUCUUCGCGCACUCAAGACAAGAAGAAGAUUGCACACCUUGAGGCGCACUUCAAGGACCAGUUGACGGAGCGCAACAACCUGCUGCUUGUGCUUUGGACAAGACUCUCGGCUCUCUGUGGAACCGAUUGGGCUCACGACAACAGUCUGAUCAAUGGUCGUGCCUUGCCUUCGCUCGAGGCGGUCGCCACCAUGCUUCCAGGGUUCAGCAAAAACCUGCUAGCGGCAGUGAAGACUAUCGAGACCAUGAUCGGCGGGUUCUCCUCUCGCAUCAAGGGUGUAGAGAGAGACCUGUGGCGCGAAUACCAAAGCCUCGAGACGAACCUGGAAACUCGGACGAAGAAGCUGGAGCGGCUCGAGACGAUUGUCCGCAACAGCAUGGCUUCUGGCACUCUUGGGGCUUAUGAUCAGGCUCGAAUGUCACGUCUGGAGGAUGCGUACCGUCAACUCAAGGUGGAGAACGCGACACUCCGGACCGCACAAGACGUUAGAAGCAGGGCCGCUUACUCGGCCUCCAACGACCCCAACGCUGUCGCCCCGGAGCCAAUCAGCGGCAGUCCGUCUCCGUCUAUUCCGACCGGUCCUCGCGACCGUGAGAGGAAGCCACGUAAGGGCGAGCGAACAUCAACGAUGACGCGCAGUGUUUCGAGCCAUACCAUGACGACGCCGGGGUCUGCUAAUCACAACCCGUUCGAAGCAGCUUUGGCGGAGCGAGAUCCGACCGACAACCGAUGGAUUUUCAAGCUGCGUGAUCUUGAAAACAAGCUCAAGGCGGAACGUGAAGGGCGGUCUCAAGACCGCUCCGCCGCCAGGCAGAGACUGGGUGGGUUAGAGACGGAGAACCGCGCACUGCAGAGCGAAGUGGCGCGCAUACGCAGGGCCAACGGGGCCAUGGAGUGA